CUUUCCUCUCUCUUUACUGAAACAAGACUGACAACCAGCUAAAAUACCUUUGUCCUCUUGUCUCUCCACCAGAAGGUAAAUCUAGAAGAAAUGCAUUGUUUUGGAGUAUUAGCUGCACUGUCUGUUUUCAACAUCAUUGCUUGUUUGACAAGAGGCAAGCCUUUGGAAGACUGGGACAGGCUAUCAGCUAUGGGAAAGUCUGAUGCACUCUUUCAUGAUCCUGGGGAAGUAGAAGAUGAGACCCAUUUCAACUUUAAAUCUUUCUUGGAGAAUAUGAAGAUGGAUUUACUAAGGAGUUUGAAUUUGUCAAAAGUCCCCUCACAAGUGAAGACCAAAGAAGAACCACCACAGUUCAUGAUUGAUUUAUACAACAGAUAUGCUGCAGACAAGUCCUCCAUCCCUGCAUCCAAUAUUGUAAGGAGCUUCAGUACUGAAGAUGUUGUUUCUUUCAAUACACCAGAAGAAAGCCCAUUUCAGAAACAUAUUUUGUUCUUCAACAUCUCUAUUCCACAAUAUGAGGAUAUCACCAGGGCUGAACUAAGAAUUUAUAUCUCCUGUCACAGGGAAGUUGGGUCUCUCUCUAGGCUGGAAGGCAACAUGGUAAUAUAUGAUGUUCUAGAUGAUGGCCACUGGGAAAACCCAGAAAGUACCAAAUCUUCCCUUGUCUCCCACAACAUCCAGGAAUGUGGUUGGAAGAUGUUCGAAGUGUCCCGUGCUGUGAAAAGAUGGGUCAGGGCAGACAAACUGGAGACUAAAAAUAAGCUGGAGGUUGUUAUAGAGACUAAAGCUCUGAGUGGUUUUACUUGUGGGAAGCUGGAUGUCAGUGUUAACCCAGACACUAAAAAUCUGCCCCUGCUAAUAGUGUUCUCCAAUGACCGCAGCAAUGGGACAAAAGAGACCAAAGUGGAGCUCCGCGAGAUGAUUGUCCAUGAACAAGAAAGUGUGCUCAAGAAACUAGGGAAGAGCAACACCUCAUCUGAAGAGGAAGAGCAGGGAGAGGAAAAGGCCAUCACUGGAUCCCACCUGCAUUCCUCCAGAAGCAAGCGAAGCGUUGGAGCCAACCACUGCAGGAGAACUUCUCUCCAUGUGAACUUUGAAGAGAUUGGCUGGGAUUCCUGGAUCAUUGCACCAAAAGAUUAUGAGGCUUUUGAGUGUAAAGGAGGUUGCUUCUUCCCUCUGACAGAUAACGUCACCCCAACUAAACAUGCUAUUGUCCAGACUCUGGUACAUCUCCAAAAUCCCAAAAAAGCCUCCAAGGCGUGUUGUGUUCCAACAAAACUGGAUGCAAUCUCCAUUCUUUAUAAGGAUGAUGCUGGUGUGCCCACUUUGAUAUAUAACUAUGAAGGGAUGAAAGUGGCAGAAUGUGGCUGCAGGUAGUAUACAAGGCAGAAUCUCUAAGAAUAGGAACAUCCCCUUUUCCUGUCCUGUGUAAAUCUGCACAAUAGUGAUGCAAAUGAAUACCGUUACAUACAAGGUUUGGAGCAGGGUAUUGGGCUGGUUGUUGUUGCUGCUUGUUUUAAGGGAAAAUUGGCAUUUAAAGAAUGGCAAUCAGUGUAAAUAGCCUGCAUUAUAUAUCAUGGCAAAGUGAAUACUGGAUUAAAAUACUGUGAGAUUG